ACAAAGCCGGUCGACUCCUUCCAUAAACACAUUAAAUUAUUAUUUAUGGUGUGAUUUUUAAUCUGUAAAGUGUGACGUGAAGACAAUUUACAAUGGCCUCUGAAGAGCCUCCAGGUGGUGUGGUCGCUGAACCAGCCCCACCCGAGCCAGCCCCUGCUGCAGAAGACCACCCACCCUCAGAUGAUGAAAAGAGUUCCGAAUGGCAUGCAUCUCGCCCGCCAUCCCCUCCACAGAGGGCAGAUGACAUCUCGGAAGGCUCAGAGGCGACGGUGCGUCCUCUCAGGCCAGAACCGGCCAGUCGAUAUGCCAACCUCAACUAUUGGAAGGCGAGACGCGUGACGUUCUAUCGAAAUGGGGAUCCUUUUCACCCCGGUGUUGAGUUCCGCUUCAAGCCCGGUAGAGAUCUGGUUUCAAUAGACGUAUUGCUAGAUAGAUUAUCUGAAAGAUUGGAACUGCCUAGGGGGGCACGAUUCAUUUUCGGCAUGGAUGGUGAUAGGAAGUACAGGCUUGAAGAACUCGAGGAUGGUGCGUCCUACGUCGUCUCGUCUUACAAGACUUUCAAAGCAGCAAGUUACGGAAAGAAGAACGGAAUGUGGUAUGGUGGUACGAGCACGGCCAACAGCGGUUGGUCUCGUGCUGGCACUCGCAAACAAUCCGUAGCAGAGUCUGAUGCCCCACCGCCAGGGGGCGGCAAGCCUUCCAGUGGCCGGGUCAUCCGGAUCAUUAAUAAUAUGGACCACUCUAUACAGUGUCGAGUACUUUUGAAUCUGAGGACGACCCAACCCUUUGAAGAGGUCCUCGAAGAUUUGGGGCAAGUGUUAAAAAUGAGUGGGGCUAAAAGAAUGUACACGGUGAAUGGACAAGAGGUACGAAGUUUCUCGCAAUUACGAAAUGAAUUUGCCGAAGUCGAGACGUUUUACUUAGGCACUGUUAUUGUGCCGCCAUCUUUGAGUCCAGGUGUUGCAGCUCUACCUAUAGAAUCACCCAUCAGGAGGUCACGUUCAAGAGCCAACGUAGCAGCACUGCCAAUUACAGAAGAUACUCGUGGAAGACGAGCUCGCAGUAAGAGUAGACCAAGAAUACUAUAUGCCCCUGAAGGAGAAAUUAUACGCAAUACCGAUUACACUCUUUUGGAAGUUUUAAAGGAGGAGCCAAUUCGGGUAACAAUUCGUGGGCUUCGACGAACAUUCUACCCGCCCAUUCACCACCCACCGAUUGACAACUCACCCCCGGACAAGAAAUUACAACUCGAUUGGGUAUACGGCUACCGAGGAGCCGAUUCCAGAAAAAACCUUUGGGUUCUGCCCACUGGAGAACUGUUAUACUAUGUCGCAGCUAUUGCAGUAAUGUAUGACAGGGACGAAGAAUCUCAAAGGCAUUAUAUGGGACACACAGAAGAUAUACAAUGUAUGGAAUUACACCCGUCUCGAGAGCUCGUAGCUAGCGGCCAACGAGCAGGGCGUGGUCGUCGUGCACAAGCUCAUGUGCGAAUAUGGAGUACUGACACUUUGCAAACUUUGCACGUCUUUGGGAUGGCGGAGUUUGAAGCUGGCGUGUCUGCGGUGGCCUUUUCUCAGCUGAAUGGAGGAAGCUACGUCAUGGCUGUAGACAGUGGUCGCGAGAGUAUUCUUUCCGUGUGGCAGUGGCAAUGGGGACAUCUUCUUGGGAAAGUUGCUACGCUGCAAGAGGAACUCAUGGGGGCAGCUUUUCAUCCACUGGAUGACAAUUUGCUUAUCACACACGGUAAAGGACAUCUUGCAUUUUGGAAUCGACGUAAAGACGGAUUCUUCGAACGGACAGACAUUAUUAAACCUCCCUCAAGAACUCAUGUGACAGCUCUUCAAUUCGAACAAGAUGGCGACGUUGUGACUGCAGAUAGCGAUGGUUUUAUUACAAUUUAUAGUGUCGAUAGUGAUGGCGCUUACUUCGUUCGAAUGGAGUUUGAGGCUCAUAUAAAAGGCAUCAGCUCGUUAGUAAUGCUCUCUGAAGGUACUCUCAUUUCGGGAGGUGAAAGAGAUAGAAAGAUAGCGGCCUGGGACUCCCUGCAGAAUUACAAGAGGAUAACAGAAACAAAGCUUCCUGAGACAGCAGGUGGGGUUCGAAGUAUCUACCCACAGCGACCAGGCAGAAAUGAUGGCAACCUGUAUGUAGGGACAACUAGAAACAAUAUUAUGGAAGGGUCUUUACAACGGAGGUUUAAUCAAAUAGUCUUUGGGCAUCACAAGCAGUUAAUGGGUCUAGCAGUUCACCCCGACGACGAAAUGUUCGCUACAGCGGGGAAUGACAAGAGCAUAGCACUGUGGAAGGGGCACAAACUUGUAUUUGCUACUCAGGUGGGUUACGAAUGCGUAUCCUUAACCUGGCACUCGGGAGGUGGAGCUCUAGCAGCUGGAAGCACCGAGGGUCACCUAAUUGUAUUGAAUGCGGAUGCAGGUGCACCAGUGUGUACUGUCAGAGUUUGUGGCUCCCCACUCAACUGUUUGCAGUAUAAUACAGCGGGCGACGUUUUAGCAAUAGGAUCUCAAAAUGGCAGUAUCUACUUGUUCCGCGUGUCCCGAGAUGGCUUUUCUUAUAAGAAGUGGAAUAAAAUUCGCGGAGCGCAACCUUUAGUUCAUCUUGACUGGAGUCUUGAUGGGAACUACUUACAAACUGUGACAGCUGAUUACGAUUUAGCUUUUUGGGACAUAAAAGCCUUAUCACCGGAAAAGAGUCCCAUGGCUAUGAAAGACGUUAAGUGGUCGACUUAUAACUCAACUGUUGGCUUCCUAGUAUCAGGAAUGUGGAACAAUCGUUUCUAUCCGAUGACGUCAUUAAUAACUGCCUCGAGCAGAUCCUCUGCUCACGAUCUUCUUAUUAGCGGGGACUCUGAUGGAUAUCUACGUUUGUUCAGAUAUCCGUGUGCUAGUGCAAAGGCGGAGUACAAUGAAGUGAAAGUGUAUUCAGGGCCUGUCCUAUCCUCUCGCUUUAUGUUCAACGACCGCUGUUUAGUAUCCUCUGGUGGUACCGAGGCUGCUUUGAUGUUGUGGGAGCUGGUGGAAGACUAGCGCCGACCCAGGGCACCUCCAGCCCUUAUAGUGGAUCCGCCCACACCCACGCCACAAGCAUUUCACGUUCUAAACUUUGACGAACUUGACUGAGAGUUUUUGAAUUUCGAUUUGGAAUAUUGGAAAAUCUUUCUUCCGUCUGGAUCGUUGUGUGUGUAUAAAGGCGACUUUGACACACAUGUUACGAUCAUGGACGAAAAAAUAGGCCUUUCAGGUCAUAUUGAUGGCUAAAAGUCGUACUGCGUCUAAGGAUCGAAUGUCAAAACUUGAAGUUGAAAGAAAAGUACUCAAGUUAGGCGAAUGUAUUUCGGAUUGACUUAAUUUUACGAAGUUGAUGCAUUAUGUAAUGUGAGUUAGCAAGAGACUUCGAAUCGAUAUUAUAGAAUAUGGAGGUGUCUUGGAUAUUUAGAAUUGAAUUACAGUUAGUUCUGGAUAGUUAAGGAAUUUUAUUUGAAAUGUAUUAAUACUUGUAUUCAGGAUUUUUGUAAGUUUCUACGUAGCUUCUAUGCAGUCAACUCCACACAUAAUAAAAGUAAUUAUUGUUCGCAUAAUUUUUAUAUUUUUAAAGAAGCAAAAUGUGAAAGAAAUAUUUCAGAAUAUACAUUUAUAUUUUUAUUUACAUAGAAAGAAACGGUAUCACUUUAUGUUUAGCUUAGCACGGCUUUGAGUUAUUAGGAUAUAAGAGUUAUAUAUUUAGAUAUAGGCACAGUAUUCACUGCCAUUCUUGUAUAAAUUAAUCACUAACGUAGACUC